AUGGCUGAGAGAUUGUUAAUAAGAGCAUUAAAGGGUGGCCAAGACACUAAGAUCGUUACACUGAAUGGGAAGAAGAUGACAAAAAUGCCCUCUGCAUUAGAAAAACUGCCGGGCUUGAGGACUUUGAACCUUCAGAAUAACCAGAUUCCCAAAGUGUGUCCAGAGCUAAGCACCUUGACUCAGCUGACAGCACUCAAUUUGGGGAACAACCUUUUAGAAGAAGUUCCAGAAGAGAUGAAAUACCUUACAUCCUUAAAGAAGCUCCAUUUAUUUGGAAAUAGAAUUGGUAGAUUUGCAUCCGGAGCAUGUGAUGGCUUACAAAAUCUCACCCUGCUUAACCUAAACAACAACCGACUGACCUGGCUUCCUGAAGAAAUCAGCAGGUUAAAAAGCCUUAAGUAUAUGAGCAUAAAUCAUAACCAGCUAGCCAGCCUUCCUGAGGAACUUUGUUUGCUUGAGAACCUUUCUGAACUUCAACUUAACUACAACAAGCUCGUUUGCAUACCCGAGGAGAUUAAAUUAUUGAAGAAGCUCCACAAACUUCUUUUGGUGAGGAACAACAUUGAAGCUUUCCCACCGGGACUUUGUCAUCUCACAAAACUAAGAAUCCUAGAUGUAGCUGGAAAUAAUAUUCAGGUAUUUCCACCAAAAUUUCAGAAUCUAAAGCUGAGAGAGUUGUACUGUGAGGAAAAUCCAUUGUUGCUAAUGACACCGAUUGUGACUAUACAGCAGGAGGAUAUCUGGAGUCUACAGGAAAUAGCAUCAAGAUUUGUAAUGAAUCAGCUAACUGAAGAAAAUUCUCUCGUAACUCAAGCCAUAGAAUUGUACCCACAGAUCAGGAGCAUAAUCUCUCGGGGGAAAAAAUGCACCAUAUGUGGAAAGUUCUUUUUAACCGUAUGGCUGGAAUGUGUUCAAUUUGCUCCUCCAUCAAAGAACUGCAAGAUAAGCAGAAAUCUACAACUGAUACCUCUCCAAGUAUUUGUUUGUUCUUACAGAUGUUUUACUCAGCGUGGUGAUAACCUCUUUGGCAUUGUGUAA